CGCUGUGGCUGAUCAUGCUGGUAGUAAAACCUGGAGUGGGUGAAACUGCUACGCAAUGGGAGUCUUAUUGCCAUCCCUGUGUUCUACCAUGAGAGACUCGUCAAUUCAUCGAUCCUGCCGUCAUUAUUAUUAUUAUUAUUAUUAUUAUUUAUUGUCCCCACAGUCCUCCCAAGAGAACGGGCGCUCCAGGACGGAGAACGGCAGCUCUGGUGUGACGGAUAUUGAACAGCUACACGCCCUGCUGCCCCUCCUCGAAGGCCCAGUGAUCGAGCUCUCCCCCCAGGCUCGCUCGGAGCUCGAGGAGCUGCAGAUGGAAGGGGAUCUCCUGGAGGUGUCAUUGGAUCAGGGCCAGUCCAUCUGGAGAGUCCUGCAGGCAGCGCAGAGACCCCCCCUGGACACGCUGACCACCAUCAUCGAGGCCCAGAGGCUGGAGAGCAGGUCCGGGGGGAGGGUUCGAGCGAAGGAAUCGGACAAGAGAAGGAAGAGGAAGUGUGAUCGAGGUGGAGGAGGAGGAGAGGGGCUCCUGCCAGUCUCGGGAGACGGGUUCGAGAACAAGAAAACGAGGGCGGGGACGGCAGAGCCGCGGCACAGCAGCAACGGAGUGGGGAUCUUGUGAUGGAUUCAGUGUGUUACUUUAUUACUGUUCGUUUUUUUUUUUUUUUUCUGGCCACUAAAAAAAACUAAAAAACUGGAGCUACAGAGACUGAACUUGCAGCCCCUCAGGAGAGAGGGAUGGGGAAAGGAGGAUAGGGAGGGGUGGAGAAGGGGUCAAAAUGGGACAGCUGUACACCCCUCCCCAGCCGUGUGGAAGAGAGUAUAGUCACUACACCCCUUGAUUCAUGGAUUUAAGACCCCUGAGGCCACAGCAGCAGCAGCAGCAGCAGCAGCAUCCCGCCAGCACUCAGCACUGCACCCCGCGUCUCUUUCAAAAUGUCUUCAAGCGCUUGUGCUGAUGUCAUUACAUGCACGCGUGGUGUGGUGUUUUUUUUUUUUUUUUUUUUUUUUUU